GGGUUUUAAAAUCUACAGUUGUAUGGCCACACCUGGAGUAGUUACUGUAGUAUUGAUGUCACCUGAGUUAGCACAGAACGGUAGCCUCUCCAAACCCUUGCGAUUUAGCUCACUCCUUGUAAUUCAGCCCCCAGCUGUGAACAGAGAGAUGUUGGCCCACCCAAUAACCAGGUUAAAUCCAAAGGGCCCUGGCAUGUAAACAGUUCUUGUCCGCACCAUACUUAAUACGUUUCCAGCUAUGUUUUACAUGUAUGUUUCAUCAGGUGUGUUCACCUUUCAUUUCCUACCCAUAAAUCAUCACACUGUGCACGCUGAGUUGGAACCAUGAACCCACUUAUUAUCUAUCCAUUCUUUCAUCAGUAUUGAUAAAGAAAUAUGAACUUUGCAUUGUAACAUUGUGCAGUGAAUAUAACACACUCAGAAUCCAUUUCUACAGAAAUUACAUAUUGACAAAUUGAAUGAACAGGGCAACAUAGGAAGAAAGGAAAAUAGACAACCAUACAAAAUUUAAUGCUGUAGUUGCUCUGAGGAAAAGUGGCUGAAAGAUGGUUCAGUUUGACACCAUGUAAAUAUCAACACAAAGAAGAGCAUAUGGUUAUAGUGUCCAUCUGUGAGAAAAAUGGCUGAACAACAGGCCAUUUUGACAUGUUGUAAAUAUACGUAAUAUAACAAACAUCCAAUGUGUCAUGCAUUUUAUUUCUUACUUUAAAAGUUGUGUUACAGUUUAAUUGUUUCAUAAGUUGUUUAGGUUUGUGACACUUUGUUUAUUCAUUUAUCAACUACAGAGAUGUCAGUUACUAAGUGAAAUAAGUAGAUGAAACAUAUCUGUUUAGUGGAGAAUGUUUUUCUCUCAAUGUAGAUUGUACAAGUCUAGCUAGCAGAAAAAAAAGUGAAUUAGCUGUUAUUCAGGAGUUUUAGACAUGGUUUCAAAUUUGUCUACAAUGAGAGACUUUGCCAGUCCAUAUGUAACUAUAGAUGGUGGAUUCUUUGCAGUGAAAAGAGAGCAACUUUAUCAAGAAUCUGUCCUUACCAACAGAUCUUGCUUAUUGAAGUGAUAUCUUAGAAAUGGUAUUCAAAGAUGCCACCUUUUGACUACAAAUUGAUGAUUAACCCUCUGCCAUCCCAAGGUUUCCAAGUCAUGGUGAGUUGUACCACUCAUAUGGGCUGAUUAAUGGUUAAAUAAUACUUGCUGUUAUCAAGUCCUACCAACGGCCAGCCAGGCUGUGGCCUGGUUCCGAACAGUUUGAUGGGGCUAAUGCACACAUAAAUGUUUACCUGCAUGGGCGGUCCUUGCCUAAGUUAGCUGACCCAGCAAAAUAAAUUAAUGUCCGAGUCGACCUGUUUGCUCAGUCUUUGUUAGUUCUGUUGGCGGUUGGUGAGUUAUUUACGAAGCAUUCUAAAUCCCCAAGCUUGUAGCCCGCCAUUUUCCCCCUCAUCUGAUCAUUCUGUUCAGAAAAGCUUGUGUAUAUGCUAAAUUUUCGACAAGGAAAAGUGUUGGAAUUGUUCGUCAGUACAGGGAAUAUCCCUCUGUGUACGUGUCACAGGUGAGGGAACUAGGUGCUAACCUUUGUGUGGAACGCAAACACACCUUUGACACCUGUUCACUGGACGGACAUAAGCUUUUCCGGACCCUUCUUGUGGUCUCCGUUGAUUCCAAGACGUCGCUCCUACCGUCUUAACAGUUAUGGACACAGGUGGCAGGUGGAAGGCAAAGCGAAGAAGGUAUGAGAAGAAAACUACUGUGCAGAUUGAGGACAACAAGGGUUGUUGUUCAGGAUGUGUUGACAAACUGACGUCACUGCUGCAGAACUUCUACGUCCAAGUGGUGAUCAUCGUGGUCCUGCCGCUGGGCCUGUAUCUGGUGGAUCUGCUGACUGAUGUCCUCCUGGCGGUCUCCUACUACAACAGCAGGGACUACACGUGGUUCGGGCUGACCCUGGCCUUCAUCCUGCUGCCGUCCAUAGUCAUGCAGGUGUGGACCUGGGUGUGUCUGGGGUACGAGAAUCAGGAGAUGGACAGGGUCAUCACCAGGGGGUGGUGGGUGCUGGUCCUGUGCGUGCUGCAGAUGGGCGUGUUUGUGGACUACUGGGUUCUGUACCAGCGCUUCAAGAGAGGCUCGGAUAUAGGAGACAGCAAGUACGCGUUCCUGCCGCAGAUCCAUCUGGUGGAGACCAUGCUGGAGGCAGUGCCGCAGCUGUGCCUACAGCUGUACAUCACGAUCGUGCAGCAUUACAGGAGUAAAGGGGAGGAGCCUGGCAUCAUUAACAUCUCCUUCAUCCAUGACAACACCGACACAGCCUCCAGUGCCCAGACGGGCGGUCCUACAACUCCUCCCGUGAAUAUCCAGAUGAUCGCGUCGGUGACGACCUCCCUGCUCGCCGCCGUCAAGGCUCUGAUGGUGUACGAGUACUACUACUGGAAGCGUGGGAAGAAGGGGACUCAGAUCAUCAGUAACGUCCUGUUCGCGGCGUGGAAGAUCGUGGAGGUGUGCUGCAGGGUGGCGACCAUUGCUCUGUUCAGCUCCGUCCUGAUGCCAUACAUCGCUGUCCCCAUCGCCGUGCACUGGAUCACCAUGGCAGUGGUGGAGACCAAGGUGGGGAAGACGCAGGCGGCGGUGCAGGGAGAAGAAGAGCUGAAGCUCCAGCCUGUUUGGGUCAGCAUCCUGGCAGUGGCGCCGAUUGACGUGGUGAGCUGGGUGACGUUCACCCGGCAGCACACCGUGGUCCCGCUGGUCACCAACACCAUCCUCAUCACGGUGGAGAACUACACCAUGGUCACGCUGUGGUACGUGCUCAGCCCGUACCGCUGGUACGGCGCCACUGCUCUGGGCGUGCUGGCGGCUGGGUACGCCGUCUCCGUGGCGCUGAACGUUGUCUAUCACGUCUACACGCUGAGGAAGCGGGCAGGGUCCUUACGACGCGACAGGAUGACACAGUACAUCAAAACGCGCUCCUCUAGCUCUGGUUACACCAAGACUACCACCAUCGAAUGGUCCAAGACGACUUACACCAAGAUGUUGGAUAUGGUUAUACAACACUGGUAACGCACCUAGGGACACCUGUCUAGUCAAGAUAUACUGGUUACUGCUAGAGCAACAGUGCCUUCCGAGUCGGUGUGCUGAAGGAUAAAAAAAUGGUUCAUGAAAUCGCUGUAGUGGUUAUAGAAUCUGUUGUGAAUAUUCGAUAGAACAUCCUACUAGUAUGUGCUUUGCUAUCAUAUCUGUUCAUUUAUAAAGGAAACCUCGCUACGUGUACUUCUGCGACCUAGUUGAAGCUAGUAAUAAGAAAGGAAUAAACUGUAAACCUCAGUAUUAUAAAGGAACCCGUUGUUAAUGAAAUACCUUCGUUCUCAUCGUUACUAUAGAACAUAUCUGUACUAAGUAUGAUUAAGGAUAAUCAUAAGGUAUACCAUCUAUCUAUUAAAAGAAAGCCUGUUAAUGAAAUACGCUUGCGAUCUCAUCGUUACCAUAGUACAUACCCGUAUUAGGUGGUUCUCCUGAACAUUAGUGAUUGUAAUUAUUUGCAAAUUCGUGUCCGAACGAUAAUUGCGAGUACAUGACAUUGAUAGAGACACAAGAAACAUACAUAUGACAAAGAACAAUGAUUAACAUAAUUAUAUAAAGACACUACUGUAAUCCACGCGCAUAUUGUCUAUAUCUAUAAAGGUUAACGUUGGGUUUGAGGAAGAUCAGAAGGUUCUGUGAUUUUAGGACAUACGUCUAGUGUACAUGUACGCCCAUAUACCGCUACCAUUUAAUCAGGAGAGAUUUUAGAUGGAGAAUAUGUAUCGACGGAAUUUAAUGAUGAACUUUACGCCUCUUUCAUCUAAUUAAUCAACACCAUUAGUGUAGACGAUAUCAAUGUUGUCAGAGAUGCUUGGUUUU